AUGGACGAGCUCAAGCCGGGUCAUGUGGGCGCGUUGGUUAGCGCGGCGGCGGCCGUGGCCGAGCUCGAGCCCGGGUGCACCGGCGAGGUUGUCUUGCAGGUAGUUCGAGGGUGUGACCUCUUGGCCGUGCGGUUUGCUUGCCGUCACCUUGGCCGCCGGCGUGCCGUUGAAGAGUCGGAUAAGUUGUGGCUCUUCGAGGAUAGCUCACAUUGCUUAGUUGCGCAGAGAACUAGGAGAUCUCAUCUAACUAUCUUGGCUGAGCUUGUUCAAUUGACAAGAUACGGCAGGAAAGUACAGCUUAUCCAGAGACACCAAUUGGGAGAGGACUCCAGUAAUAACCACAUUAUGAAAUGGGCGAUAAUCAGCGACGCUAUUUACAUCAGUGAUGACGAAGGUAAGCGCCGCCAUAAACGCCAACGUGCCAAAAAGACAAGGGGUCGAGCUCCAUGUAGUGAACCAUGUCUUUGUGAGAGGACCUUAAAAAGAGGUUCAUGUGACGUGCCAUGUGAGAAGUCGAACGUGAAGACAAUCAAGUGA